GUUUUAUCUUGUUCUUAACAGUAUGCCCAUUCGGUCUUUUGCUUAUACAACUAGUAGCUGGCGACCUGUUGUUUGCUUGAUGAAUGCGUCAUUGCGUAUAUGCCGGCAUUUUGUGUGCAUGCUGUAGAUACUGGCUGAUCGGUGACUACAUCGAUAUUCCUUCGAAACACAUCGCACAUUCCCACUUUUUUCUCUAGUUUAGCGAACUUUUUCUUACUCGCGGCUCCGUUUCACGUUGACCCGUGGCUCCAUGACUGUGUAGUACACGCGCAUCGUGCUGUCUUUAUUCGAAACAUUUGUCGACGGCGGGACUCGUGGUCACAGUGUCUUCCCGUAGAAAAAAGAGUGUGUUAACGGUAGUGGAACCAACCACUGCUGCGCAUUUCGUGCGGAACUCACGUUUCGGGAGUGUCUUUCACUUUAAGAAGGGACCUUCUGUUGUCAUCUAAAGUCAAAGGCGUUCUGCUACUCACGUCCAGCCUCCCUUCUGCGUCAGCAGCGGCGACGUAAGCCUGCCCUACGAGAGAGUGUUUCGUUGCUCCGAGCCAAUCAUUUCGUUGUUAUGUAACCCGCUUGAGGAUCGUGAGAAAAAUUGAUAUUUUUCCUGAUGAGCUGUGCUUGCUUCACACGACUGUUUUACGACCGUAGGAUCUUUGUACAACACAGGUGGUCUCGAACUCCGUAGCCUUCUCUAUUCUUCUCUGAGCCUAGUCCCCCCAAAAGUACAAUGGGUAACCGAAUUUCAGAUUGCAGCGACGGCAGUGACAGCCAGUCCAGUGGGGAAGAGACUGAGGCGCUUUCCAGUUCUGUUCUUGAGGCGAGUGAAAAUGCUCCUGAAUCGUUUCUCUGUCGUCAGGAUGGAGGCGCGGCGAGAGACAGCAGCUCGCGCCUGCGGCUGCCCAUAAUUUCUCACGCUGACAACGCUCGUGAACAAGUGACACAGAAUUUCGGUGCCCACGAUGUGGAUGACCACGGACAUUCCGACUCCAUUUCGUCAGGAGCCGCGUGGAGUUCAUCCGGGUGUUUCCCCGCUAUCAACGACCGCGAUGCAGGGAACUCCAGGAAGUGGAGGACGGAGUUCGUUGAAUCUGAAUCUCAGUCACCGUCCUCGUAUGCAGCAUUCGACAACUUGGCACCGGACAACGCGUUGGCGUCCGGUCGCUGUUGGUCAUCGCAGACGUCUCAGGCCGCCCACAGGACGCAGCGCGCGCAAACUCCAGAAAGGAGGCCUGCUGACGAUGCCUCUUUACCACGUCGGGGCGGUCGGUGUGAAGAGGUAAUGUGGGGCAGUGAUGACCAUGAUUUCUUUUCUCCAACUUCUCGUCCAACGCACCGAAAGCAUGGGACAGGGCGUGAGAGAGUCGUUCGUCCUCAAGUGGGUUUGGAGACCCCGCGUAUACGUUCUAUUGACGAAGGUGACGAACGCCUGACAGAGAGACAUGGAAGCUCUUCUUUCAGUUCAUCCGGGGAAAAGACAGAAGAGGAAGUCACGCACUGUCCGGUGAACAGGUCGCACGGAAUCCACGAACCGUCGAGCUAUGAUCAGCGACCUAUUCUUGGUGGGUGCCUCCCUUUCUCCAGCUGGCGUGACGAACAAACGAACGUUCGUUUCCGAGGUAGUGAGCGAACCUAUGCGACCGCGCAUCCUGUGCCCUUACAGGCGGGUGAGAGGGGGAGGAAAAGGACGCGGCAAAUGCGACUCGAAGAGGAGUGGGUGCAGCACCUGGAGCGCGGGUCACAGGAGCCUGAAGAAGGCCUCACGCGAGCACGAGACGUCGAAGACACAUCGCGGAGGCAAACGCAUUGGUUUCACCGCAGACAGAAUGCAGCGUACUCCUCAGGACGUCCGGACGGUUCACACAGGUAUCCGAGUCGUUCUUUACCUUCAUCGCAGGCCUCUGCACGAGAGAAAGAUACUUUUGGAACUGGAAGCUCGCUCUCAAGCUACUCUCACGAUGCGGCCGGGACCGGACGGGGUGUGCGAGAAGUCUGUGAAGAAAAAGACUGGGCAGAUGACCAAGUAGUCACUUCGAUGUCCGGCUCACCAUCCGGUCGUUCUGGAACCAACCGAAGCGGGAGCGGCUCUCAGACCCGAGCGUACCCGUUUCUUUCUCCAGAAAAAGGAGUCAUUUAUUCCACUCGACGGGGGAUAGGCUUAUCCGGACUACGUGAGGGAGAGAUGGAGACACCACCGCCCUCACACUCUCUCCGCAGCUCACCGCGAAAGAGAGAAGAAUGGGUUGUUGAAGACGGGACCAGUGUCCUGUCCCCUCGCAUCCACAAACAGCGUCGAGGACCGCCCCACGAUGAGGCCGCUGACGCUUCUGGGUCCUUGGCGACUGAGAACCAGCGACGGGAGGAAGCAGCUGAAGAAGGACCAUUGUCUCGUGAACUUUGCUCCAGAAAUCGCGACUCAGCAAACAGCUUGCGGAAGCCCUCUCUCUAUGCCCACGUCCAGCAUAGAGUGCCCUCGCAUAGGGUGCGCUCUUCAGCAGGUCGCAGGACGACAGCAGGAGACAGCAGUGAGUCGAGGAAGGAAACCGACUUCUUGCCCUUUGACGCAAGUUCCUCAGGUGAUGCGCUGGAUGAAAGUCGACACAGGUCCGGCUCGAUGCGCGCUGAGACCAUGCAAGUAAGAGAACACGACUGCUUACCACCCUCUACUGAAAACAAACUGGAAAUGACUGCGCGUGAAGCACGGGACAGCUUGCACGGAGGGGAAAGCCGCCGACCUCUUGAGGAGUGGACCGAGAAGCUGGAGGGAGCUCUUCAGCCUCUUAUGACGCAACAGCGAACGACACGUCUCGCGCAGAAUACCUGGAAACUCCACGGCAAGGAAGUAAGCCUUGGAGAAGGCAAAGCAUUCUGUCUGUGCGAGGAAGUGUUCGGCCGUGAUCGAGAGACACUCGCUGCUUUCUUCUCGCGUCGUGACGCUGCCUGGCUCCUGCCGGCGUCUCAGUUCGGAGACAAAGACGCCUGUUCGGGCAAAGACUACGAGCGACUCAAAACCUCUUCACUCCAGUGCAUCCACUGUCGCGUACGUGUCCACGCACUCUGCGGCGCGGUGGCGUCGAGGUUCCCCCGCCUUCCGAACAGAUUCUACUGUUGCCUCUGUAGGAUCCUCCUCUUUGACCCGAGCACUGAAGUUACGUGGUGUUCUUCUAUUGCGUCACUCGCGUGUCCAGCGUAUCACCUCUCCGACGAAGAUCUGGCGGGACCGCCUGCUCUAAUCCCGAGCUUAGCUGGCCGAUGCGUCCUUCCGUUUAGUCACUCCCCGGUGUUACAGCGGGAGCUUGCCUCGAAUCCCUCAGCAGCUCUUGAGUUGCGUUUUUUCCCAAUGGAUGACCCUGUGUGCGGGCGGCAUCGUCCCUACAUUCCCGACCGUCUUCAAAUUUUCUUCAACCCCCGCGUUCGAGCUUUGACAGCUGGAUCGGAUAUCACCCCCGUGUCCUUGAGGAAACGAAGCGGCGGCCGGGAGGCAAAAGGCGGUAUAGAUGAUAGGGACGGAUUCAUCAGCUACUCCUUUUCAGAAUCGAGUUCAACGGGCCCAGGAAGAGGUGGAAAUGUCAUGCCUACGUUGAGGACGAGUCCUCGAAAAUGCAAAAUAGGCGUAGGUGCAACUCGAACGGCUGUUGCAGGUUUCGACUGCUCUGCUCCCGAUUUCGAGACUCUUUACGACCCCGUUGUCCCACACUUGCACCCGAAGCCUCCCCUUUACCUCUCCGAUAUCAAACGACAUGCCAGACCAAAGAGUGGCAUGAAUUACGUUGUGGCGCGUGGCCAGCACCGAGAAGGGCGUCUUUUCCUAGUUCAGUUGGUCUGUUCGCUUCCUGUGGAAGAAAGCCAGUUGCUGGAGGCCAUCGUACAACGCCGAUCUCUACCUAUUCCAUACUGCACUGAUUUUCUGAAGUGGAUAGUCGCUCAGAAAACUCAGCGACGUGUCUCGACUUCAUCCGAUGAAGUGGAGAUAUUUGAUGACAGCCACGGGCAGAACCGAAUCUCAGGCGGAGGCAAGGAUAGCAUUAUGGAGAGCCCUCGUAGUCGAAGAUGCUCGAUGAGUUCGUCGACGCUAAAAGGACAUCGAGAUAUCUGUGGGAGCGCCAACGUCCGGAAUGAGGAUCUCCGGGAUGGAGCGCUCAACCACAGUAACCAAGUAACAGAGACACCGCGACGUGGUUUCUGGUCGGUCAUCUUCGAAAGACUUCCAGGAUUCAAGCGAAAGAAAACAGUGGCGUCGCCGCAGGUCAGCACGACAGCAAGUGCGAGUCAAUCUGCUCUUCCUCCUGUCCUGACUCUCACUCUCUUUAGUGACGAUAUUGCUGGACGACUAAGGACUCCUGUUCGUUCUGUUCAUUGUCGACACCCAGAAUGCUUCGAUUUACAGUUUUAUGUCCGAACUAACUACCUACGUCACUGUGCAAGGUCAAGCUGGAAGUGUCCCUUGUGCGAAGAGUACGCUUUUCCUCACGAAUUGUACGUGGACACCUUAGUCCAGGAGAUUCUUCACAUGACGGACUUCAGCCCUCCAAAGCGCAAGGCAAAGACUGUAUCCUUCCACUCUCCAGACCUUGAAAAAUACGUCGUCGAAGAGUGGUGCGACGAUGAUUAUGAGGAUCUCAGUAUGGAACUCUCCGGCUGGUAGUUGCUUUGGUUGUAUUACAGUAUUUGUUUUCCGCGGGCCACCUUGUGGGUCUGGGCGACUUACCCGUGCAGAUGGUGUCGUGUGACUGUUCUUCAUGGAAGAAGCGUUGUCUACAGGGGCCGGAAGAGGUUUUUCGUUGUUUGAAUGGCAUAGUUUAAGUGUCAAUCGAUUUCCUGGCUCGUCAAUUGUUCGUACCCUUCCCGUACUUGUCUCGGUGAUAGUGAAGAAUAAAACGCCCCGUUUAUCUUUCAGAACCACCGAAGCGUCAGUUGCUCGAAUACGAAAAGAAAGGAUAUCCGUGUGUACGUGGUCUAAAGAUUUACGUUAGUGCUAGCGCACAUCGCUGGAAGAACAACGAAACAACGGUUACUUUGAUUAGGUGGCAGCUCUUCUGAACACUCGGUCGCAUCUAAUUUGCUCAGCAGGAAGCUGCUGUGCAAAGGAGGUGUGGAUAGUUCUGCCUGGGUCACACUGGCAACGCCUGAUAGGUAAAACAUAUGCAUGGUGGUUCCGUUUUUACCCUGUGUGAAUGCCAUCGUCUAACAUGAAAUGGUGGGCCGUGCUUCUGCUGGAGAGAUUUCUUGGUUUGCGCACCAUAUAAUAGUUGCAUUGUGG